AUGUCAGCCGAAUAUCCGUCCGAAAAAUGUCUUCUCACAUUGCCCCACAUUGCGAUGAACAAAGUGUUGGGGAAAUUGGAUUUCCGGGCGGUUCAAUGCCUCCGUAAAACCUGCCACACCAUGUGGAACUUCAUCGACGCCGUCAAACCAGACUCUGCACUGACCAAACUGCAAAUCAGUGUCUAUCCUAACUACAUUAUUUCACUGUACUUAAUUGAUGAGAACAGUAUUGAAGUCAAAUACUGCGGAAAUGAAAAAGGAUGCGAUGUUGAAUGGCGUAGAGGACACAACCGGAGACAGAGGAAACUUCUGAAAUCCGAAGAUUUUGUUAACAUUGCUUCGAGGGAUAUCAUCUCAGUAUUGACAAAUCAGAAAUCAGUUGUGGAAUUUUUAAUGUUUGAAGGGUUCAAUUGUGCUAAUGACAUAUUUGAAGAACAACAAGAACUUCCAUUUCAAGUAUUUGAGCAACUCUUAUCAAUGCUGGAGUCUCACCUUGUUUCCAAACCAGAAAUGCUCCAAGUCAAAACGUUCGAAACUGCAGUAACCGACGAGUCUCAAAUUCUCUAUCUCCUACCACAUCUUGAUGUCAAAAACCUGACGAUUCGGAAUAGACGAAUGUUCAAUCAUGCCACAGUUUUGAAUACGCAAGAGUUGAUAGAGUUGGACCAGUGGAAACAAUUGGACACUCUGAACAUUGUUGAUUUUUGUGUGGAUUUCAAAAUAGACGAUUUGCUUCAUUUGAAGAGGUGUUUUGUAAAGUAUGAGAGACUCGACAGCGCUAUGAUUGAGGAACUGAAAGAGGCCUUCCGAAUCUCUUCUCACCUCGAGUUCUUCAGAAUCGAACAUGGUCUGACGGAUAUUCAACACUCGAUGGAUCCACGUUAUGCUGACCCCCUCAUCAACCGUUAUCAGUUUGGUGGCGUUACUAAAUCAUGGUUCUUCUCAGUUUCUACACCUGAACGAGUUCUUAAGGUUUUAAUUACCCCUCACGAUAUUGUGUUCGAUUUUGAUUUGUUGGUGAAUGUUCCAGAAGUUGUCACUGUUAAUUGA